GGUGCUGCGUGCAGGUUCUGUCCUAUGCAGGGAUAAAACGCAUUCAGCACCAAGGACAGAGGACAGGACAGGGGACGACAAGAGACAGGACAGAGGACAGGUGAGGACUUCACCGCAUCCGUCAUCGCAGCAUACAGAUAAAGGGAUCCAGCGCAGACCAGCCAAAGCUGUCGUUCCCGAUGCAAUCCACAGGAGCACCAAGGCUUAGCCCAUCUUCAGUUCCCAUCCUGCCUCCUCCGGCUUCAGUCUGCCCUACUACAAAGCCAUUAAACCUUCCGACACUCAGCACUGCCAAGACAUCAGAGACAUCACUGCGGGAACGUGGAGGCUCGGCAUCCACCUCCUCAACAUCUGCUACUGUUAGCAUCAGCCGACCCAGGCCUACUACCAGAUCGGGGGUAAAGUCCCCCAGAACUGUGGACCCUCCUUCCAUUUUACCCAUCAUUCCAGCAACAAGCUCCACGUCUCAAACCCCCGCAGAGCCACUUCAAGGACGCCGGAGCCCACAAAGCUUGCAAAAUGCUCAGCUCAGCCCCAAAGAUGCUCAGCGCAGUCUUACUCAAGUUCACAUCCAGCUUAGUCCUAGCACCAAGCCCAACCCUUUAACGUUCCCCAGCCCUCCUGUACAACCUGGUCACAAUGCAAAUACACACACAAAUCUUUUCCCUAAACCAAACCUUAGCACUUCCUCCAUCCCUAUUCUGCAAACCCGUGUUCAGAGCCAGUCUCCAGAGCCGAUCAUCAUAAGUCCUGGCACUGCAGAAAAAGCACGUCAAAAGAAGCCCUUCAACAGGGAUGGAGACUUUAGGGUUCACAUCGUCACAUGGAACGUCGGCUCAGCGAUGCCACCUGAUGACAUCAGCGGUCUGUUCGGCCCGGGAGUCAGCGAUGGGAGCACGGACAUGUUUAUCGUCGGGCUGCAAGAGGUGAACUGUAUGAUCAACAAGAGGCUAAAGGAUGCACUGUUCAUAGACCAGUGGAGUGAGCUGUGCAUGGACACGCUCGGCCGCUUCAGUUACGUGCUGGUGGCGUCUCAGAGGAUGCAAGGCGUUUUGCUGCUGGUUUUCUCCAAGUUUUGCCACUUGCCGUUCCUCCGUGGGAUUCAGACCCAAAGGACACGAACUGGCCUGGGCGGGUGCUGGGGGAAUAAGGGUGGAGUAAGUGUCAGAAUGAUGAUGUUCGGUCACUCCGUGUGCUUUCUAAACUGCCACCUGCCGGCUCACAUGCGGAACCUGGAGCAGCGAAUCGAGGACUUCGAGAGCAUCCUGCAGCAGCAGCAGUUCGAAGCCGGCGCUGCUGUGGGCGUCCUGGACCACGAUGUCGUGUUCUGGUUCGGCGACCUGAACUUCCGCAUCGACGACUACGAUAUCCACGUGGUGAAAAGUGCCAUAGAGAACAAUAAACUGUCUGUGCUCUGGGAGAAAGAUCAGCUCAACAUAGCGAAAAAGCGCGAGUCUGUGAUGGAUGAGUUCGUCGAAGGCCCUUUAAGUUUCCCACCGACCUACAAGUUUGAUGUGGGAACACACACGUAUGACACAAGCGCUAAGAAAAGGAAACCUGCUUGGACAGACAGAAUCCUGUGGCGUCUCCGCAGGACGGGUUCCCCCGUCCCGUCCCACAAUGCUGCACUGCAGCGCGGUCUCACCUCGUGGCUUGGUGGGGCGACACAAGUCACGCCGCUCUUUUACCGCAGCCACAUGGGAUAUACCGUUAGCGACCACAAACCUGUCUCAGCUCUUUUUUCACUGCAGUUUCCCUUUAAACUGGAUCUGCCUUUAGUCGAGCUGGAGGUAGAGAAGGAGUGGACCAAAGUGUCGGAUGCGACAGCCAGGUUUACUACAGCGUCUGGUUUCCAGAGGAGCUCCUGGGAUUGGGUGGGAUUGUACAAGGUUGGAUUUAAACACCACAAGGACUAUGCAGCCUAUGUCUGGGCCAAAUCAGACCAUUCCACUCAGGUGACCUUUCCAGAAGAGGAUUUGCCCAGAGAUGCAGGAGAAUACGUGCUGGGUUACUACAGCCAUAACAUGAACAGCAUUGUCGGGAUCACAGAGCCGUUCCAGGUUCAGUUACCUGUCUGUUCCCCUCCCGCUCCUCCAUAUCCAUCCCGCUCCGACAGUUCAGACGAGAGUUCGGAAGAUGACAGCACUUUGGUCCUACUGGCGCCCAGCUCACGGAGUCCGAGUCCGAGGACGCGCUCCAAUAAACGGCAGCAGCGGCACCAUCGCAGUCGCAGCCCGGCCGUGCCCGCCCUGCAGUCCCUCAGUCUGAAACCCAGAGACCCGCCUGUUUCGCCUCGCCACGCCGCAAACACCAAGAAGGAGCGCCUGUUUUCCCCUGAGUCGUCCUCACCCUCUCUUAGUCCUUUGAGUCCGGCCAACGGCAUCAGCGUCCCCGAAGCACUCGUCGCCGCCAUCCUGGGGGAACACAGACCACCUCAAGGCCAGAUCCUAGCCAAGAGCCCGGACUCUAACCGAUGACCGCACAUUUGCUGUCCAAGACUUGUAGAAUGCUAAUGCUACACAUCUGAGAUUCAUGUUUUAUUUUAUUUUAUUUACUUUCAUGUUGUUUUACCUCACACUACAGUCUAAUUCCUGCAAAUUCAUAUUUAAAAUCAGUCCUGAUUCAAUCUGUCCUUAAAACCAUCAGCUGUGCUUUUGAGCUUUUUGACUAUGAAUCAAUAUGUAGCUUGUUUAAUGUUAUCUUGCUAACGUCUGGUGAACAGUACCAGACUUUUAUAAUAAGAACUACCCUGCUAACAUAUCAUUAAAUUGAUUAGCUAGCUAGCUAGCUAGCUGUUGAGAAUCAAACUCGUCUGCUCUGUCUUCAGCUACAGCAGCUUGCUACUUUGCUAGCUACUGUUUUGAUGACCGAGCUAGUGUUAGCGUCCACUCUUCAGACACUCUCAGUGCUAAAUUAAGCAGCUAAUACAGAGUGCUUUCACAUGUUUAGCAAAAGCAGAGCGCUUUCAGAUGUCUCUUUGUAGCUAGUGGACUGCGUGGAGGUCUAUGGGGUUUGUCUUAGCAAAUUGUUAUAUUGAUCAGAGUGUGCCAGUUGGUGUAGCACAGUUUUAGGCUGUUUAUCUUUAAAUGUCUGCUCACUGGGAUGAUCAACAUGCAUUUCGUUCUUUUUGUCAAGCAUUAACGUGUUCUCUCUUCAGCAGAUGAGCUUUAUUAACUAAAAAAAGAUCGCCUGUACAUGAGCACACAUAUAGCUCGGAGUGAAUUAGCCUACAGAAGUUUCUACAGCUCUAAUUCUUCACAUACAUUUCCGAAGUGCAUCAUUAUAAUAUCUGAGGAAGAGGUUAAGAAGAAAGAGUCGUUAGUAGUGGCACACUGUUUAAUCAAAGUAGAAUUCACACGAGAAAGCAGGUUAAAACACACCACACGUUCUAGAAAUUUGCAUCAAUUGGCAUAAAUUCAUUUUGCCAAUAUUUCCAGUUUCUUGAAGAGCUGAAAUGUGCAUGCAAAUUCAUAAGAAAAAAUAAUAAUAAUAAAUCUGAGUCAAAGUAUUGGAUGAAACAAGCCAAAUAUAUCUUUAGUACAGUCGCAUGGAACAGUAGAUCUAAUAGUCAAGGUCUGGGGAUACACAUUUUUUUAAUCUGAAGUGAACUUUUCUGCCACUGUUCAUUCAUUCAUUUAUUCAUCUUCUUUACCACUUAUCCUGUACCGGGUUACCCAGGCUAUCCCAGGAGACUUUGGGCAUGAGGCAGGGUACAUCCUGGACAGGGUGCCAAUCCAUCACAGGGCACA